AUCACGAUCACUUAUAGUUUGCGAUCAGUGCAGUUGAUAAAUGGAGGAUUUGUGUUUGUCAAGGUAGUUUUGUUUACGCGUAAAUUUUCAUUCGGUAUCAACACAUCGUGCGUUUUGUGUGUGCUAAGAGGUAGAUGAAGGUGCGUAACAGUUUCCUUCGGGUUUCGUAUUAAAUUUCAAAGGAUUUAACAUGUCUCGCAAUCAUAAAGACAAGUAUGAAAACUCCAACCCACGUCGUACACAUACUUUUAUGUCUACGGAGGAUGCAAACUCUGGAAAGAAAUCGUAUUGGCCAGAAUUGGAGAUAACAGGCAGUAUAAGAAAUUUAAGCCCAAAUUUAUGGCAAUUGACUCAUCUAACGGCUUUGUAUCUCAAUGAUAAUAGUUUACAAAGGAUACCAUCUGAGAUUGGACGUUUAGUCAACUUACGUGCUUUAGAUCUCAGUAGCAAUAAAUUACGGAGUUUGCCAGCUGAACUGGGGGACCUCAUCUACCUCAGAGAAUUGUUGUUAAACCAAAAUUACCUCCGAGUGUUACCAUAUGAACUAGGAAAAUUGUUCCAAUUACAAGUGCUAGGACUGCAGGGAAAUCCACUUAGCAAGGAAAUAAUGGCGUUAUAUGGAGAACCAUCUGGGACUCACAAGCUGCUGUCAUAUAUGCUGGACAAUUUACAAGGUGAGUGAUAAUGAUAAUCAUGGCUUUGAUACUUCGACAGGAGCAAGUGGUGAGUCUGUUUUCGUUUGAUUUAAGCUAGAAUUACGUUUAUUGAUAGAUCAGGUUGCUGCAUAACUUGCCUCUGUUCGUAGAAUCGGGUGAUCGGUGUUGCAGUAAAUAUAAUAUCGAUAUGAACUGUGUGCAGGAGUAAAAUAUCUUCCUUAAUCUCUUAAUCUGUUAGCAAUCCUGUUUCAAAAGCGUAUACUUACGUUGUGUCGCAAAAAUGAAACGGUGACGAAUAAACUCGUUGAACGCAACAUAUGCAACUGCAAUGAAAUUCAGUUAAAUUGCAACGAAACGACGGUUGGUUUCUUUGAAAAAUCAAUAAUUUUGUUGCUAGUAAUUAUUGAUAUUAUAUAUAUUUAUAAUCUGGUUGUUUAAAGAAAAAAAGGAAAAGCAGAAAAAAGAAAAAUCAAAUAAAUACUUGGAAAUAAAACGAUAAGUCAGAAAUUUAAUCAGUUGUUGGUGCAGCUGCUCUGAAAGGAUUUUGGUUUCGUCAAGAAUGCAACAAAUACAUUGACGAGAAGGCAGAAAAUGAAAAACAAACAAAGAAAAGAAUAUACUCAGAAAUUUGUAAAUAUUUCGUCGAUCGCACUGUGUGCGGUCUUUUUUCAAGACAAUUCUUUUUACCAUUUUGUUUUUCGUUCUUUCAAAAUAUUUUAAA